AUGGUCUUCCCAAACGAACCAACCGAAGUCGUCGUUGAUCAAAACUUUGCUGCCGAAGUGAAUUUUCAUCGAAUUUUGAGAGAAUUGAUCAAAGAAGGAGAUGUAGAUGAAUACACUCAUGAGAUCAAUCAAGAACGUUUAUUAGCAUGCCUGAGAGGUGUGUUUUAUGCACCCGAUCCAUGGAAUCGUCAUGGUCUCACCCAGGAAGGUACUCAACGCUUGGUUCAACGUUUCGGACAAGAAAAGAUUAAAAUUGGAGAGAAGGAUUAUUUGAAGAGUGAUUUGGUGGUGGUGUAUUGGGGAUCGAAAGCGGCGAAAUGUGUCGAAGUGGUGUAUAUGAAUGAAUAA